GACACCUCUCCUCUCCUUCAGCAAGUGUUCGCAUUGCACCUGCACUGUCUCUGCACUCGCCAUUGAUCUCUGCUUCGACGCCCAGGAUCGCGAGCCGCGCGAGUGGAGGAUCGAGAUCGUCUCGAGCGAGAGAGAGAGGAGGGACGAUGGAAGCGAAUGCGGGAUUGUUGGCCGGAUCUUACAAGAGGAACGAGCUGGUUCGGAUACGCCACGACUCCGACGGCGCGCCCAAGCCCCUGAAGCACUUGAAUGGCCAGAUAUGUCAGAUUUGUGGUGAUUCCGUUGGACUUACGGCCAGUGGUGAUGUCUUUGUUGCUUGUAAUGAGUGUGCAUUCCCAGUGUGCCGUCCCUGUUACGAGUAUGAGAGGAAAGAUGGUAAUCAGUGUUGUCCUCAGUGUAAGACUCGCUACAAAAGGCACAAAGGGAGUCCUCGAGUGGAAGGAGAUGAUGAAGAAGAUGGUGUCGAUGAUCUAGAGAACGAGUUCAACUACACCCAAGGAAAUGCCACGAGGCGUCAAUGGCAGGGAGAAGAUCCUGAUCUCUCGUCUUCUUCUAGACAUGAAUCUCAACAUCCAAUCCCCCUUCUCACUAAUGGGCAGCCAGUAUCUGGUGAAAUCCCCUGUGCUACACCUGACAAUCAGUCUGUUCGGACAACAUCUGGACCUUUGGGCCCUUCUGAUAGGCAUUCAGUUCAUUCUGUUGAUCCUAGACAGCCAGUUCCUGUUCGAAUUGUGGACCCCGCAAGGGACUUGAACUCUUAUGGCCUUGGAAAUGUUGAUUGGAAAGAAAGGGUUGAAAGUUGGAAACUCAAGCAGGAAAAGAACAUUCCCCACAUGACCAGUAGAUACCCGGAAGGAAAAGGAGACAUAGAAGGAACGGGUUCUAAUGGAGAAGAACUUCAGAUGGCUGACGAUGCUCGUCUACCUUUGAGCCGCGUGGUGCCUAUACCAUCAUCACAUCUCACCCCUUAUCGUGUUGUCAUUAUUCUCCGUCUGAUUAUCUUGGGCUUCUUCUUGCAAUAUCGUGCCACCCACCCUGUGAAAGAUGCUUAUCCACUGUGGCUAACAUCAGUCAUCUGUGAGAUCUGGUUUGCCUUAUCUUGGCUUUUAGAUCAGUUCCCAAAGUGGUUUCCCAUCAACCGUGAGACUUACCUUGACAGGCUAGCGUUGAGCUAUGACCGUGAGGGGGAACCUUCUCAAUUGGCUCCUGUUGAUGUCUUUGUUAGUACGGUGGAUCCACUCAAAGAGCCACCUCUUAUAACUGCGAACACUGUCUUGUCCAUACUUUCAGUGAAUUACCCUGUUGAUAAAGUCUCAUGCUAUGUCUCUGAUGACGGAUCUGCAAUGUUGACUUUUGAAGCACUUUCAGAGACUGCUGAAUUUGCAAAGAAGUGGGUGCCCUUCUGCAAGAAGCACAACAUCGAACCUAGGGCCCCUGAAUUUUACUUUGCCCAAAAGAUAGAUUACUUGAAGGACAAGAUACAGCCAUCUUUUGUAAAGGAACGCAGGGCUAUGAAGAGAGAAUAUGAAGAGUUUAAGGUACGGAUCAAUGCUUUAGUUGCCAAAGCACAGAAGGUGCCAGAAGAAGGAUGGACAAUGCAAGAUGGCACUCCAUGGCCUGGAAAUAACCCCAGGGAUCAUCCAGGAAUGAUACAGGUUUUCUUGGGUCACAGUGGUGGGCUUGAUACAGAUGGAAAUGAGUUACCAAGACUUGUCUAUGUGUCACGAGAAAAGAGACCUGGUUUUCAGCAUCACAAAAAGGCUGGGGCAAUGAAUGCCUUGAUUCGUGUUUCAGCUGUCCUUACCAAUGGAGCAUAUCUUUUGAAUGUUGAUUGUGAUCACUACUUCAACAACAGCAAAGCUCUUAAAGAAGCCAUGUGUUUUAUGAUGGAUCCUGUUCUCGGAAAGAAGACAUGCUAUGUCCAAUUUCCACAGCGUUUUGAUGGCAUUGACUUGCAUGAUCGAUAUGCUAACCGGAAUAUUGUCUUCUUUGAUAUUAACUUGAAAGGACUUGAUGGAAUCCAAGGGCCUGUCUAUGUGGGAACUGGAUGCUGUUUCAACAGGCAGGCCCUAUAUGGGUAUGACCCAGUAUUGACUGAGGCAGAUUUGGAACCAAAUAUUAUUGUUAAAAGCUGUUGUGGUCCCAGAAAGAAAGGAAAGGGUGGUGACAAGAAAUACAUCGACAAGAAGAGAGCUGUCAAAAGAACUGAAUCCAACAUUCCAAUAUUCAACAUGGAGGAUAUUGAGGAGGGGGUGGAAGGUUAUGAUGAUGAAAGAUCACUGCUUAUGUCCCAGAAAGGCUUAGAGAAACGCUUUGGUCAAUCGCCAGUCUUCAUUGCAGCGACAUUCAUGGAACAGGGAGGGCUUCCACCGUCUACUAAUCCAGCAACUCUUUUGAAGGAAGCGAUUCAUGUUAUCAGCUGCGGCUACGAGGACAAGACUGAGUGGGGCAAAGAGAUUGGAUGGAUAUAUGGUUCUGUCACAGAAGAUAUCUUAACGGGGUUUAAAAUGCAUGCGCGAGGUUGGAUCUCCAUUUACUGCAUGCCUCCCCGCCCAGCAUUCAAGGGUUCUGCUCCCAUUAAUCUCUCAGAUCGUCUGAACCAAGUUCUUCGAUGGGCAUUGGGGUCCAUUGAGAUUUUACUAAGCAGGCAUUGUCCUAUAUGGUAUGGUUACAGUGGGAGACUGAAGUGGUUGGAGAGAUUGGCAUAUAUAAAUACCAUUGUGUAUCCCCUCACUUCAAUCCCUCUGAUUGCUUAUUGCAUGCUUCCUGCAUUUUGCCUUCUUACUGGAAAAUUUAUCAUCCCAGAGAUUAGCAACUUUGCUAGUAUGUGGUUCAUUCUCCUCUUCGUCUCCAUUUUUGCUACCGGAAUCCUUGAGCUGAGGUGGAGUGGAGUGAGCAUCGAGGACUGGUGGAGGAAUGAACAGUUUUGGGUCAUCGGGGGUACGUCAGCUCAUCUUUUUGCCGUGUUUCAAGGGCUCUUGAAAGUUCUCGCUGGCAUCGACACCAACUUCACCGUCACUUCAAAGGCGUCAGAUGAAGAUGGGGACUUCGCCGAGCUCUAUGUGUUCAAAUGGACGUCACUCCUCAUUCCCCCGACCACUGUCCUCAUAAUAAACUUGGUGGGCAUUGUAGCCGGAGUCUCAUACGCCAUUAACAGUGGCUAUCAGUCGUGGGGACCACUCUUUGGAAAGCUUUUCUUCGCCAUAUGGGUUAUUGCCCAUCUUUAUCCAUUCUUGAAAGGGUUGGUGGGCCGGCAGAAUCGUACCCCCACAAUCGUGAUCGUGUGGUCAAUACUGCUUGCUUCCAUCUUCUCUCUGCUUUGGGUGCGCAUCGAUCCCUUCACCUCCGACUCCUCGAAAGCUGCUUCAAAAGGUCAGUGUGGCAUCAACUGCUAGUCAGGAGCAACCUUUGUUUGUGUUGCUGGUAAGAACCGACUGCUUCCCGCUUCUCGUGAUGUAAAUAACAGACACCAUGCCACUAGCCAGGUUCAUGCAUUUAGAGGGGGAGCUGCGCUUUUAUUUAGUCGUCGUUCCAGCUUGUACCACAAUGGGUGUUUCAGACUCGAAAUUUUAGUAAUCAUUAGUCAUGGAGUUCUCGAUAGUCCUUCAAGGAGAUUGGUCAGUUAAAUCCCUUAUGUUGUGUGCAAUUCAAUUAGGAAAAAUGUGUCUGUUUCCUUUUUCUUCAAGACCGGACAUUGGAAAUGAAUCGUUCAUCGUGGUAA